GUUGCUCCAUCUCACGGUGAAGACCCAAAGUCCAUCUGUCAAAGUUAGCUGAUCGUAUUUGCAUACAAUCGCAAAUUAUGUUUUUCUAACAACACCUGUUUUGGUUGAGUGUUUGAGACGUGAUGCGAAGAACAACGGACGAAACCGGCUCAUCAAAAUAAAUAACUGUUCUUCAUGAUCUACCUCAACAAGUGAAAAUGGUCCGAGUAAUAUCUGUGCACCACUUCGCCAGCCAACAUCAGGUCACCAUCGAGCAGCCGACCGCAAGCACAGUAGCCCCACCAAAUAGAUUACUUCUGGCUCUAUCCAGCCAUUGCGUUGAGGUCAGAGAUCUGAGAACUGAAGGGGAUGUCUCAUUCACAUUUCCCACUGUCGAUGAGGUUGCUCAGAUCCAUCAUUGCAUCAACGGGGAUUACGUGGCCACGCUGGAGUCAAAAUUCAACAGGCAGAAUCGCGAGUUGAAUUUCGUCCGGGUGUACGUGAACUGGGACAGCGUCGCGGCGCUCCAACAGUCCAAGAUGAACCACAGCGGGGCGAGUCUUGGGCAGUCGGAGUGCGGAAUGGUGCAGCCGAUGAGGGCGAGGAUUGCCGGUCGUGUUACCCCGACGACUAACCAAUCGGAGCUGGGCAGUCUGGAGAUGAUCGAGAUUCCGACUAAGAGGAAUCCAGAUAGAAUCGCCGUUUGUCAGAUAUCGGGGAAUUUGUUGAUCCUCUCCGGGAAAAAGUUGACGGUGUACAAGUACGUGGUGAGGACGCACGAUAUAUCGAAGCUCAAGUUCAUAGACUUCGAGGAUGCACAGUUCGGAUUUCAGCUGAGCUUCGCUCCUUCGCAUAUGGCUAUAGCCGAAAACUACGUGGCUUGUCUUAAUGAUAACAGUAUGUUGCUCUUCCGGAUCGUGUCUGGUGGGGGAAAAGAAGUCGAAGCAGUCGAGAUGAACAAUUCCACGGCGUUUAAAUACGACGAUGGUCCCAUCGAUUAUAAGAAAUUGCUGCGCGACGAAAGCCUGAAUCUCACCAAAGACUUCACCGUGAAUUUGCCGAGCAUCAUGAGGGAGAACAGCGCCGUCCAUAGGCAUAGCCCGUUCACCUACUGCGAUCGCGAGUUGAAAGCUGAACUGAUCUCGGAGAACAGGAGUAAUUGCCUGGUGCGGACGGAGAGCCUGGUGCAGCUGAAACUGAGGCCGAUUAUGAUAGAGAACGCGCAGAAGCAGAUCUCCGAGGAGUUCAAGGAUCUGGUGCUGAAGCCGCUGUAUAUAGACGAGGCUUUGAACAAGGCCGGGAACAAGUACAGCGAUGAGACUGGAUUGUGCAGCACGCACAGGGGUAACCUGCACAGCGUCGCCUGCGUGAUCGCCACGCAGCAGGAGGGUUACUUGUAUCAUUUCAACGAUAAGGGUGACUUCUCAUCGGACAACUGCAUCACCGUGUAUCCGUUCACCGCUCCAGUCUACAAAUUAGUGAUGGAAGAUUACUUCUUGCACGCUCUGACCGAGACCGGCUUGGAAUCGUACACUUUACGCACUUGUCACAAGCUUUGCAGAAGUAUCCAGAUCAUAGACGACACCAGUGUUGCGUGUCCUUGCAUCGGAGAAUCCGUCUGUCUGGUGGGUCUGCGUCCGUUCCUCUGCAUCGAGAAUAUUCUUAUAACUGAUAGCCAUUUGAUCCUAUUGGGAAACGGCGAAAGCUCUCCCACGCAUUCCGUGGGCUCCAGCGGCAGUUCCACCACUUCCUAUUGGUCCGUGCACAUCCUUGAGCUUCCGUCGGCGCGCACCAUCUUCCACGACAUCUCCAUCGUGGCUGACGCUCAUCGCUUCUCUUCAGCGCAGACCUAUCGACAUUUAAUGAGUGAAGCGCACAUGAUCCUCAGGUCUAGUCUGAUCUUGAACAAGUGGACUAACGGUGGCGGCACCAGCGCCAAACCCAGACGUUCUGUCGAGGAAAUCCGCGACGUCUACAAGACUUCGUGCGCUCUCCUCGCUGAUCAUUACAUAAUGUCUUCCAAUGAGGAUGAAUACCGGUUAGCCGUUCCCUAUUACAAGAUGGGAUGCGUUAGUCCAUCCGAUGUGAUCAAGCGUGUUAAGAAGAUCCAGCAUCAAACGAACAUUUCCGAGGCCAAAGGUUUGAUCCAUUACCUGAAGGUGGUGCUCUUCGACACGAAGCUUAGUCCCGACCUGUUCGGUUCAUCUUCGAAGCAGAACUUUGCCGAAUCCGUGCUUGAUCUGUUCGAGCGCUACAACUUCCGCGAUCUACCGAACUUGAUCCUCAAAGUGGGCAUCUUGCGCGAGUUCGGAACGGAUCGUCUCAUCAAUAUUCUUAAUACCGGAAUUAUUAGUCCCGACAUUGAUCAAACGGAAAAGAUCGUGGCUUUGGUGGUGCUGUACAACUUGCGUGACAACUCGGCUAAAGCGCGUGAGCUUCUGCAAGAGAUCAACACCGAGGACCUGAGGAAGGUCCUUUUGGAAAAUUGGGAAUUACUGUUCGAGAGUUUCGGCAGUCGUCGGGUGAUCGGACUGUCCUUCUCCGAAUUGGCGGUGAUGCUGAUGAACGUGAGGCCCGACCUUCUGGCCGAACUCCUCCUGGCUUACGUAAACGAUAAACGCGUCAUUACAUUAGGGAAAUUACUGAAAGAGGUUUCCCUCCUAACCGGUAAUCGAUCACGGGGUCCUUCUGCCCUCUGCGAUGUGUUUCUGGAAUAUUUACCUUCGAGCAUCGGCAACGAUGCGAAUCAAGGAAGUUUGGUGCUCCAGAAGACGCUCGAACUGCACUUUGCUCGAUUCUUCCAGAAGUACGAGCUGUCCGAACUGUGCAAAGUCAUCUACGAUCGGCCCACGCACGACGCAAUGAAGCUGCUCGUGCGCUCAUAUCUAUCGCAACUGCAAUUCCUGCAGAUGCGACAAGCGAAGAGCAUCGCGGUUCUCCACAACGAUUCCAAUUUGAAUUGCGAUCAAGAUGUUAACAAGACGAAGAACAAUAAAAAGGCGAAAGUCGUUUAUCUGUUCUGGCAGCUCAGGCACGAGUAUCUCAACUACAUGCCACCCUUCAACGAUGAAUCCGCGACGAAAUCCGCCGACGCUGAUUUGAUCCUGAAGAAGCUUCAGGCGCUCCUCUGCAGCCAGGCCAUUCCCAAUCAGGUCAUCUUGGAGGUCAACACCUUCCUCACUCUUAACGAAGAGCUGCGCGGCAACGCCAGUCUCCAAUCCAUCAUCAUGACCGUGAACGACGGAGUUCUGUUCCUCGUCGAUAAUCAUCCUCAAUGUAUCUUGCACUACGCCAAGGAUAGAUUCACGCGACCCGACGAGUGGAAGUUUCUGAUCGCCUCCGUGCAAAGUCACAUUUUGCAUGCGUCCCACGCCGAAGAGGAGCACUCAUUCUCCUACAAGAAGUUGCUGAAAGAUAUAUUAACGCACGUCGCUACCAACAUGAACCUGGAGCAUCUGAUCCUGGUGUUCCCGCAGCACAUGAACUACUCGACCAGUUACAUGGAGAACAACGAGUUGAACAUUGAGGAGGACAACGGCGAAAAUUCGACUGACAUUCUGAACGAGAUUCAAGAUUACGAACCGUACAUCACACUGUGCAAGGAGACAAUGCACGCAAAUCAAAUUAAGAAAUUGAUCACGGCCACCGGACAGCAGCUCCUCUGCACAUUGAAUCUCUAAGUAUAAUCCUCUUCUCUCUCUCUCUCUCUCUCUCUCUACAAACAUAUUUAUACCUAUACACACCAUAUAUAUAUCUAAUCCCCAACUCCUCUCUUAAAUACCUUUUUUUAUAUAUAUAUAUGAUUAUGUAAUGUAAUACUCUAAAUGUGAUAGAAGAACCAAAAAAAUCCAAUUUUCCUUUUCCAUU